GAAAUAAGCAUCAGUCGGGCUCUCUGUGCUAACGGGAUCGCCGGUGUCGAGGCACAAGCAGUUCACAUCCAAAAUGAAGUCUCUGAUGUUAGUUCUGCUGAUAAUCAAAUAUGUUGCUGGGUCAGCAGUGAGUAGAGAGGGUCCUCUGGUGAGCACUCCUAAGGGGCAGAUAAGAGGAGUGCGCGCAGAGGAUGGAGACUACGACGGGUAUUACGGAAUACCGUACGCGCUGGUGGAUGAGGAUAACCCGUUUGGGCCUUCGACCCCGUACCCUGAUUUCGAAGAUAUAUUUGAUGCCGAUACCGAUGGCGUCCACUGCAUCCAAGCAUCCAACAGUCCCGUCACCGGCGUCAUCCAAUGCCUGCAGCUCAACGUAUAUGUACCAAACUCACCCCAAAGUAAUGAACCAAAGGCAGUUAUGGUUUUUAUACACGGCGGAGCAUUCCUCGUUGGGCACAAAUCAGAAUUAUCACCAAGAUUCUUACUUAAACAAGACGUUAUUAUAGUCAGUAUAAAUUACCGAUUAGGUUUGCAUGGGUUCUUAUGUUCAAGCAGACCUGGAUUUAAAAAUGCUGGGCUUAAAGAUCAGGUUCUAGCUUUCCAAUGGGUGAAAGAUAAUAUCGCAGCUUUCGGUGGCGAUGCUGAUAAGGUGACUAUUUUUGGAAUGUCAGCUGGAGCGAUGAGUCUAGACUAUCAUUUACAUGCUACUGAGAACUUGGCUCAAAGAGCUAUUCUCAUGAGCGGUACGGCUAUGACCACAUGGACUCUUGCUGAGGAGAAUGACUACAUGCCUAUAGACAUAGCUAUAGAGCUUGGGUUUAGUGGAGAUGAUGUCAUAGAAGCAAUAGAAUUCCUAAGUAGAGUGGAUCCAGUAGAAGCUGUAGAGGCAGCUAACCGCUUGCACUACUUGGCUGACGAAGAAGGUUACCCUGUGGCUAUGCCUUGCGUUGAACGUGAUUCAGACAGUGGAAUCCUCACUGACUAUCCUGUGAACUUGCAACCGAAAGUCAAAGGCAUGGACAUAAUGAUUGGCACAGCAAACAAAGAGGUUAUGUUCAUGUACCCGAAUGCUGACAAUUUGCAUUUUUAUAGAACGUACUCAUUCAAUCGCGAAUUAAUGUAUGAGUUUCAUGAAGCCCAUGACGUAGACAUCGUCAGACAAUUUUACAUCGGAGAUGAACAACCGAACGAAAGCUUACAAGACGCUAUAUUAGAUUACGCGUCAGAUGUUUCUUUUGUACAUUCUGCUGAGAGGACUGUGGAUAAAUAUCUCAAUGCUGAAGCUAAUAGUGUAUACAAAUAUCUGUUUUCUUACGAAGGUGAAAGGAACUUUGUUAAAGUAUUAUUCGGCCUAACUGCAUCAGGCGCUUGCCACGCGGACGAUUUGGGAUAUGUAUUCGACCCACCAGAGUUUGCUGGUAUGCCAGUAACUGAAACUGAUCAGAGAGUCAUUGAUGCGAUGACGAAAAUGUGGACUGACUUCGCUAAAUACGGGAACCCAACACCACAGCCAACUGAUUCGAUCCCCGAGUGGAGACCGGUCGAUGAAGUCCAGCGACCAUAUAUGAACAUAGGCAAUCCUAUUAGAGCUGAGAGUCGCGUGUUCAGCGAUAGAAUGGCUUUCUGGGAUCUAUAUUAUGAACUCCAUGGAGAUAAAGUCAGGGGUUAUGGAUCAGGCGAAUACAGACAAUUUGUUGAGGGAGGUCACUAGUAAGAGGCAAUAGGGGGAUCUACCUCUUUCACUUUAAUCAAUGAUAUUAAUAAUUAUGAAUGAUUAAACACAGUAUUAAACCUA